AUGGGUAGAUAUUCAGUCAAACGGUACAAGACAAAGAGAAGAACCAAGGACUUGGACGUGAUCUUCGACGAGCUUCGGUCGCAGGAGCAGAUCCAGAAGCUGAUGAACCAGCCUCUGGACGAAACAAAGCCUGGGCUGGGCCAGCACUACUGCAUACACUGUGCAAAGUACUUCGAGACUGGAGUGGCGCUCAAAACACAUCUCAAGGGCAAGGUGCACAAGCGCCGUGUUAAGGAGCUCAAGGGCGUGCCAUACACUCAGGAAGUUGCGGACGCAGCGUCCGGGCUGAACGUGCAGAAGUUCCUCGACCGCGUGGCGCAGAUCACCCAGCAGACUGGGCCCGAGAAGGAGUCCAACGAGGCUCAAUUGAAGGAGCACCUCGACACAACGCUGGCCAAUGUCGCGACUACGGAGCCCACGCUACCGCACCUGGCAUCAGAACCCGCGGCAGACCAGGACGGCGAGGUCGUCAUGCAGUAG